ACUCGUCUAAGCACAUACCUGAACCUGCACGCGAUGCCUUCCUACGACAUCUCUGCCCUCAAGCAGCUCUACGACACUCAGGGCUACGUGAUCGUCCCCGGGCUCAUCUCACCCUCUCUCCUACCGGAGCUCGAGGCUGCUUGCGCACGCGCAAUCGCGAAAACCCGCGAGGGCACCUGGCCGCAUCGGAGGACAGUCGGGCGGCAGUUCCCACCGUACGACGAGAGCAAUCCUGACUCAUGGGGCGUACAGCAUGUGAUGCAUCCGGACCUGGGCGAGGAUGCGUUUGCGCGAUGGUACACCAGUGACGAGUUGGUGGGUGCCGUCUGUGAGCUGUUGGGCUGCAGGGCGGAGGAUCUGCAGAUGGAGUUAUUCAACCUCCUGAUCAACCCAACGGCACAUUCAUUUGCCCUUCGAUGGCAUCGUGAUGAUGUGCGCGAGAAUGCGAGUGAAGACGAGGAACGCGAGGCCCUCGGAGUUUGGCAUCACGGAGUCCAAUGGAACACCGCACUUCGCAAAGACACAUGCCUAUUCGUCGUCCCCGGCUCCCACAAGGUGCCGCGCACGCCUGCGCAGCGCGCGCUCUCGUCCACGCUUGAAGCCCCCGUGAACCCGCUCGACAUGCCUAGGGCAGUGCGCGUGACGCUGCAGCCGGGCGAGACGGUGUUCUACAACAACAACAUUUUGCACUGCGCGACGUACGACGCGCGCGAGGAGCGCAUCACGCUGCACGCGUGCAUGGGCGAGGUGCGCGGCGGGCCGAGCCGCGCGCGGAACAUCCUGCAGCACGGGCUGGGGUGGAUGAAGGAGGAGCGGUUCAAGGAGACGUUGGACGAGAGGGGGAGGAGGAUGUUGGAGAGGAUCGUGAGGCUGCAGGAGAGCGUGGGGGAGGUGGGGUAUUCGCUCGCCAAUAACUGAGCGAGCGGCGGAAUCUCAGUUAGGCUACUGGGAAGGCAUCUUGGAAGGGGGUCAGCAGAAAUCGAGGGGAAAUUGGGUGGUAUCGGACGCAAUGGGAUAUGAUAUGUAGGUACUGGGGAAGUCUCGACAGGUCAGUGGCAAUGUACGUUUACG